AUGGCGUACGUCAACUCCAACAUGCCGUUCAAUUAUGCUUUGUCAGUGCAGGGGAUCCUGGCUACAAGCUUGUUAAUAAUGUUCAUUCUGUAUGUAAAGAUUUUUAGAAAAAUAAGCGGUAAGAAAACGAAUUUCAAACGUGACGCCGGCUUCGUUUCGAACUCUGACACGCCGAGGAAAUGUGAAAAAAGAACAAGCGUAUUCACCAUUAACGAAGUUGAGAUGCCCGGUACACUGGCUGGUAACACGAGCGACAAUACAAGUGUCGGUUACGCCACCGACAACGAUUCAGCGUGUUCUGACGCCAAGAAAACAGCAGCAGAACCCGUGAAAAGGACGACACGACACCACAAGAGUAAAAUGCCGGGCUCGGCACGACGUAAAACGUACAUUUCCCUGGUACUGACGGUAGUGUUCUUACUUACCACGGCGCUGUACUUAGUCCUGUUGACCUUCAUCACUCUAGGUAUUCUGGAAACACUGACGAACAUGCAAAGGGCUUUCUACUUUCUCGGUUUCCGGUUGGUGUUUAUCAACCAUGUUAUUAAUCCGCUCGUGUACGGGUGCCUGGACCCGCAGUUUACUAAAGUACUGAACGACGUCAAGAAAUGCUGUCGCCGCAAGAACACGUAA